GGGCAGAGGGAUCCUCCUCCAGACGUCACUGAUGAACACGGCAGGUGCAGGGACAAUGCAGGAGCUGAGUGGAUCCCCUCAGAACAACAGUGUGGGAACGAACCUGUCUGCAGGUGGGCACAAAGCGAUGGCUGAAGGCAACUUCAUAGCUGGAGUCUUCCUUCAGGCCACGAAGAAGAAGCUGAGCAUCUACGAGGCCAUGGUGAGGGGGCUCCUGACGCCGGGCACGGCGCUGGUGCUGCUGGAGGCACAGGCAGCCUCAGGGCUCCUGGUGGACCCGGUGAAGAACCGGCAGCUGUCGGUGGCCGAGGCGCUGGCUGAAGGUCUCAUUGGCAGGGACUUCCACCAGAAGCUGCUGUCGGCUGAGGGGGCGGUGGCAGGGUACACAGAGCCCUGCACGGGGCGGAAGAUGUCGCUGCUCCAGGCCAUGCAGCGAGGACUCAUCGUCAAGGAGCACGGCAUGCGCCUGCUCGGGGCACAGAUCGCCACCGGCGGCAUCAUCGACCCCGUCCACGGCCACCGCCUGCCCGUGGAGGUGGCCUGCCAGCGCGGCUACUUGGGCCAGGAACUGUGCCAGUGUCUGCUUGACCCCAAGAAUCAAACCAGGAGCUGCUUCGACCCCAACACCCAGGAGAACCUCACCUACCUGCAGCUGCUGUGCCGCUGCGUGCCCGACCCGGCCACGGGGCUGCUGAUGCUGCAGCUGAUGGACAAGGGCUCGGUGCUCUACCGGCUGACCGAGGAUGCCCGCAAAGCUCUGCAGAGCACCCGUACCACCCUCGGCCGGGGCCUCUUCCAGGGCCAGAGCGUUACCCUCUGGGAGCUCCUCUUCUCCCGCUACGUGCCUGAGCCACAGCGGGAGGAGCUGCUGAGGAGAUAUAAGGCAGGGACGGUCACCAUCCCGGAGAUGGUCUCCAUCCUUACCACCACCAUCACCCCGGCUGAAGAGCAAGGCUCAUCCACACCCGGACCCGCCGUCGAGGUGGGACCUUCGCAACCGGUCCCGGAAAUGCAGUCCCAGGAGCAACAGCUGAGAAAGUCUUUGAAGUCUGCAACCGUCUCCGUCACUGCUGGGGAGCUCCGGGGGCAGAGCAUCUCCCUGUUGGACCUGCUCUUCUCCAGCUAUGUCCCUCAAGAGAAGCGGCAGGAGCUGCUGGAGCUGUACAGAGCAGGCAUCCUGACCACCGAGCAGGUCGCCACCGUGGUCACCGCCAUUGUCAACAGGACAGAAGCUUCGAGCGCCGCGCUCCUGGGCAGUGCCGGACGUGACCACAAGGUGGUGCCAAAGGCAGCGGACAGAGAAGAGGAGAUCUCAGCGCAAGAGGACAUCCUGAAGUCCACCACCGUAGACGUUCCAGCUGGGGAGUUCCAGGGCAGGCAGGUCUCUGUGUGGGAUCUGCUCUUCUCAGACUACAUCUCUGAGGAGAAGAGGCAGGAGCUCCUGCAGCUCUACCAUGAAAGGCUAUUGACCUUGGAGCAGAUGACAACUGUGGUCACCAUGCUGGUCAAGAAAAAAGAAUCUACAAGAAGGAAGUUCCAGGUUUCAGCCAAGACCUCCAGCAAGGACACUGUGCCACCAGGGGAGCAGGAUGGUGAAGACUCCUCCAAGGAAGAACCCUGGGAAACAGCCUUAAAGACCACAGUAGUUGACAUGGGAGUCGGAGAGUUCCAAGGUCACAAGGUCUCUGUGUGGGACCUGCUCCACUCCAAGUACAUCCCCGAGGAGAACAGGAAGGAGCUGCUGGAGCUCUACCAAGCAGGAGAGCUGACCCUGGAGCAGGUGAAGACAGUGGUCAGUGGCAUUGUGACCAAGGCAGAAGCAGCAAGAGCUGAGCAGUCUACAAGUGAGAGAGGUCCGAGAGAGGAGUCAAUGAUGGUAGAAGCUGAGGGCAACCAUCUGCAGGACAGGACCUGGGAGGAGACCCUGAAGUCCACCACAGUGAAGACGUCAACAGAGGAGCCCCAGGACAAGCAGAUUUCUGUGUGGGACCUGCUCUUCUCCAGGAACAUCUCUGAGGAGAAGAGGCAGGAGCUCCUGCAGCUCUACUGUGCAGGGACUCUGCCCAUCCAGGAACUGGUCAGCAUCGUGGUGGGCAGCGAAAGCCUUCCCCAGCAGACAGCGGAUCUCCUGCAGUCCGAGGGCUCCUACAUCACCUUUGGCCAGUUCCAGGAGCAGAAGGUGUCCGUGUGGGAGCUCCUCUCUUCCAAGCAGAUCUCCAAGUACCAACGAGAGGCCCAGCUGGACACGUAUGGCCGUGGGAGACUGAUGGUCAACAAAGUCACCAUCACCACUACCGUCGUCACCCGCCCGCAGCGCCUGGAGAAGUCCUGCCACUAGGGCUGGGCACUGGGGACACUCUGCUCUCCACUGUCUGGGGAUGGCGUGGGCAACUGCUUAAACCUCUGCUGUCUCAA